AAGCAUUCCUAGCAACCAGUCAAAGGUGGCAGUAAGUGAGAGCAGUUGAUACAGAAUGGCUGGGAAAGCACCAAAAGAACCUGCAAAUGCUGUUCAUCAAAAUGCGAUCUUAUGUGAAACUAUUAACAAGGAGCGGAGACAUCAGAAAUUAUACACGAAUUUUUUCAUGAAUCCAUAUAAAAAACUACACAUCAUCACUGGAAAACCCAAUUCGCCAUACGAUACACAAGAUGGGGAAGAAGACAGUCACUUUGUUGAGGUGAUAGAACGAGCACACCAGGAACCAGUAAAGAAAUAUGCAUUUCCACAAACAGAGGCUCAAGAACUUGGCUGGAUCAGCAAACCACUGCUUGAAACUGACAAAUGUGAUAGAAGAUUGAACUUCCACAGAAUAGGAACCCCCAUCACUGCAUACAUGGAUGCUGCCUGGAGGGACAAAGAGCAGAGAGAAAACCUCAAUUAGACUCUUGUUAUUUUAGUGUAGUUACCAUUCAUUUCAAUACCUUGUUCAUGUUGUAAAUAUUUUGUAUAAAAAAUACUUUAAAAAAACAAACAAGUCAUUAAUUCAUUGUGCCAUGGUAUCUGAAGACAUGUUUGUCCAAAGUACUUGGCCCUUUUCAAAAAAAAUAAAAAUAAAAUCUCAAUAUAUAAUGAAUUGGAAGUUUAUUUUUGGGUGGACCAGCAACACUAAACCAGGACUAAAAAUUAUUUUAAAAACAUUGUUAGUUUUGAUGUUCAUUUUAAGUGCAUGGGGAAAGAAUGAUGAUGUAGAACCGAGAGACUGACCUAACAUAUCGUUGUUGUUACCAAAUGAAUACAUUCAGAAAACAGUCUCCCCCAUACGCUGUUUGACAUCUGCAUUGACGGCAGUCGACGACAGUACAGUAAUAUUUUGUGUGUGGAGUCCGUCAAAAACACUCCUAUUAAAGUGCAAUCUCAAAA